GGAAGUUUCAUUUGGCUCUGUGGUGCUUAACUAAAGUUUUCCCCGGAGUCACAGUGGGGGAUUAGACAUUCUGUGAAAUUGUAACGCUGGAGAGACUGAUCCAGCGGUGGAGGGAACCAUCGUUUUCUUCGGCGUUGAAAGAACAAGUACGCCUGUGAGAUUAGUAGAGGACCGCAAAGGAUUUUUUCUCCCGCUUUCCAACCCCCUCUUUCCCAAAUCCUCCGACCCCCUUCUCGAUCCGAGAUGGGGAAGGAGCAGGAACUCCUAGAGGCGGCGCGCACAGGAAAUCUUGCCGCCGUGGAAAAGCUUCUCUCUGGGAAACGACAGUCGACUGGAAGUGGUAGUGGAUCAUCGGGGACUGGUGGAAGCAGCAAUAGCAGUGGUCACAAUGCUUCGCACCCGCUUUCCAGCCUUCUCAGUAUCUGGCGGGGUCCUAAUGUGAACUGUGUGGACAGCACUGGAUACACUCCUCUACACCAUGCUGCCCUAAACGGACACAGUGAAGUUGUGGAGUCACUGUUACGUAACGAGGCCUUGACCAACAUCGCCGACAAUAAGGGCUGCUACCCCCUGCACCUGGCCGCAUGGAAGGGGGACCAACGGAUCGUCAGGCUGCUCAUUCACCAAGGCCCCUCACACCCCAAACUCAACGAGCAGAGCUCCUCUGUAGAGCACAAAGAGUUGAAACGCUGUGGGCCCUUUGACCUGCAUAUUAAUGCCAAGAACAAUGACAACGAGACCCCUCUCCACUGUGCCGCUCAGUACGGCCACACCCAGGUGGUGCGUCUGCUGCUGGAGGAGCUGACCGACCCCACCAUGAGGAACAACAAAUUUGAGACGCCGCUGGACCUGGCGGCGCUCUACGGCCGUCUGGAGGUGGUCAAGUUGCUGCUCACCGCCCACCCCAACCUGCUCAGCUGCAACACCAAGAAACACACGCCGCUGCACCUAGCGUCACGCAACGGACACCUGGCCGUGGUGGAGGUGCUGCUGGACGCUGGCAUGGACAUCAACUAUGAGACGGAGAAGGGCAGUGCCCUCCAUGAAGCGGCACUCUUUGGGAAAACCGAUGUGGUGCAGAAACUUCUGAGGGAAGGGGUUAAUGUCAACAUGGUGGACAACAAGGGCCUGACUGCGCUGGACACUGUCAGAGAGAUGCCCUCUCAGACGAGCCGGCAGAUAGCAGCUCUAAUUCUGGGUCAUAUGUCAGGAAAUCCCCCUGUUUUGGACUUGCCUCCUCCCCCUCUCCCUCCACCUAAUGAGAGCCCUAGUCCGAGGAAAAAAGGUGAGAUGGAGGUGGUGAGUGCACUGCUCUCGGGGCUGGCCCCAGGGCCUGAGGAAGAGAGCCCGUAUGAGGCUCUGUUUGAGGCCACCUCCUGUCACUCUCUAGACAGCCUGGCUAGCGGGAAGUCCUCCGACAGGGACUCUGGACGGCCUGACAGUGAAGCCGGAAAGAAAGACCGGCUGGCUCACCAAUCCCAACCUGCCCCAGGCCAUGUAGAGGAGCUUAGUUCAGAGGCCCUAUUCACUAACAGCAGCAUCGAUGAGAGGGGGGAGACUGAGGAGGAGGAUCACACGUAUGAACUGCUGCUGUCCGCCCAGACCAAAGUCCCCCAGUCCGCACUGGACCCCCCAUCCCAGAAAGAUGGGAACACUACAGUCAAACAGUCUUCCAACAGUCUCCUACCUCAGCAGCAGAAGCCCACUGCCCCUAGUGACCUCAGACCACCAGGCGAGACGGACAACACUCUGAAGCUCCCCGGACCUUCUGUGGUUGGGCCUGGACGGACGGGACUCCGCUCCACUGGCGAUAACUCCCUACUCGGCCAGGACCUAGUUGCAGUACCUGAAGUGUUCACAGGCCUCUUGCACGGCUCCUCGCCUGUCUUUGACUGUCAGGUGGAGCCCCUCAGCAGGCUGCCAGGUGGGGUACUGACACAGUCCAGCCAAGGCCAACAGCCGGCGCCAGCUCCAACGGUACCCACCAAAACAACAGAAGCUCCGCCUCUGCCUCCUCCAAACAUCAACAUGGCUGCCAUCCUGACAGACUGUGACCCCAAAGCCAUCUAUGCCACAGUGUCUAAGGGGGUGCCCAGGGACAGAGACAGAGACAGGAUGAGGGACUUUGGGUCUGGGUCUGUGCCUGCUGGCAGGAUGCGUCCCCCUGGGGACCUGAAGCUGGCCCGCAGCCUCUCCAAGUCGGACUCGGACCUGCUGGUAUCGCCGCCUAGCGAGGAGGAGGGAGGGCUGGGCAGCCGCAGUGAGUCCGUCUCCAACUGCAGCGCAACCAAGAAGCGGCUGGAGAAGUCGCCCUCUUUCGCCUCUGAAUGGGACGAGAUGCCUCCCACACUACCUCCUCGGAGAUCUCAGUCCUCUGAAAGUAUUGAGAAGAUCAUGACGCUGAUUGGCGCAGGCAUCGAUUUCUCCAGAGACCAGCAGUACGCUACCCCAGGUGGGGCGGCUGGGCGGCUGCUGGAUCAGCCCGUGGGGGACUGGCUGGAACACGUGGGGCUGCCGCAGUACGAGAGCAAGCUGCUGCUCAACGGCUUCGACGACCUGCACUACAUGGGCAGUAAUGUGAUGGAGGAACAGGACCUGAGGGAGAUAGGCAUCACUGACCCAGGACAUCGAAGGAAGAUCCUGCAUGCAGCUCGGUCCCUGCCAAAGGUGAAGGCCCUGGGCUGUGACGGAAGCAUCUCUCUCUCCUCCUGGCUGGACCUCCUGGGCCUGCAGGAGUACCUCCACAACUUCCUGUCCAGCGGAUACCGCAGCCUCGACUGUGUCAAGAACCUGUGGGAGCUGGAGAUUGUCAACGUACUGAAAAUCACCCUGCUGGGACACAGAAAACGCAUCAUCGCCUCGCUGGCAGAACGGCCCUAUGAGGAACCUCCUGUCAAGCCCCCCCGCCUGUCCCAGAUUAGGUGUCAGGACCUGGUAUCCCAGACCUCCUCUCCCAUCAGUCACAUGGACUCCUACGCGGGUCGUUCCAUGGACCCCCUCCUGCCGUUGGGGGAGCCUGGGAGGAGGAAGGGGCCUGACCCAGCUUACGAUGUGGACCCCCACCGGCCCCGCAGUGGAAGACACCGCUCACAUGAGAGGUAUGAGGAGCGGCAUCGGGAGCCCCGUCUGACCCUGCGACCCCCCAGCCUGGCAGCACCUUACACCCCUGUACAGAACUGGCACCACCAGCCUGAGAAGCUCAUCUUUGAGUCCUGUGACUAUGAAGCCAAUUACCUGGGAUCUAUGCUCAUCAAGGAGCUACGUGGGACAGAGUCCACCCAGGAUGCCUGUUCCAAAAUGAGGAGGUCGACAGAGCAGAUGAGGAAGGUCCCCACCAUCGUCCUCUCCAUCACAUACAAAGGGGUGAAGUUCAUUGACGCAGCCAAUAAGAACAUCAUAGCUGAGCAUGAGAUCCGGAACAUCUCGUGUGCGGCCCAGGACCCAGAGGAUCUGUGCACAUUUGCCUACAUCACCAAGGACCUGCAGACCAACCACCACUACUGCCAUGUGUUCAGCACAGUGGACGUGAACCUGACCUAUGAGAUUAUCCUGACGCUGGGACAAGCUUUUGAGGUGGCCUAUCAGCUGGCUCUCCAGGCCCAGAGGACCAAACAGCACCAGGUCAUCCCAGCAGGACCUGGGACAGAGGUCAUCGAGACCAAAUCCAGCCGGCCCGUUCCUAAACCACGGGGCAGCGUAAGAAAAUUAGGGGUGGACCCGUUGGAGCUGGUGGGGGACUCCCAGUCCCAGGGCAGUGCCACGUGGCUGGUGGACCCCGUUCCCAAGGACUCCAAGAGGACCAUCAGCACUAAGCGACGGCCACUGUGAGAUGCUCUUGAAGAACUUUCCCUCCUUGUUCUCUGAACAAUAAUCUCCUGACUCCAGUGCUCAGAAAAAAAAAUAUGAUUCUCUACAGCCAAGGAUCAACUACCUGGAUGAACAUUGUUUUCUAGAAGAAUCUGUAAGAGACCGGCUGUUCCAUUGUUCUAACUCUACACACAUUAGUAGGAACAUUGCCUGUUUCCCUGCAAGGGGAUGGAUGACAACCUUGUUGCACAGGACUAAACUCUAAACUCAUUCCCCCUGGGAUUGGUCCAUUUGGGUUAACAGGGGGAAGGGCACGUACAUGCGUAUCCUGUCAGACUUAUUUACAUUCUUUGUGUCGGUUUACCGGAAACUGUCUGGGAAAACUGGCCCUCUGUGUCAGGCUGCCAAAGGAGGCUAGGGCCCAGCACUGUGAUAGGGGAUCUCUAUUGGGAACUAAUGGGGCCUUUUGUUAGGGAACAACAGUGCGCGGGAUAGGACACAGAGGCUCACACAGUAUAUAGUGUCCUACGUAGAGGUGCUCACUGUUAUAGACAGACAGCCUAGUGGGACAUCUAUUUGAGCAUGCCUUUCUCUGUUUAUGACUGGGAUGACUUUGAUUUCAUAUCUAGUGCAAUCCUAAUUUGGAGUGUCAUGAGCACUUUUUGUGAAUGCUUGGACGCUGGGGAAAUAUCGUGUGCAUCCAAGAUGAUAUGAAGAGGAAUUGAAUUGACUGUUCAUUUAAUAGAGUAAGAACCAAAGAGAUGCCGAAAUGCGUGAAUUCUGCUCUAGCCACCCGUAAUAGACCUGGGUGAUGGUCUUAGGGUAAUAACUCAGCCUAGCUGGUACAUCAGUCAAUAUAGAACUGAUUAGUGCCAGUAACCUUAAUGACGAGGAAGAGAGCUCAUUAAAUCUCUGUGGAGAGGAGAGGUUAUAUGAAGUACGUUAAAAAAAAUAUAUAUAUAUAUAUAUAUAUAUAUAUAUACCAUUGUUCACAAUCCAAGCAUGUCUUAAUGGACUGAAAGAGGAAGGCAUUAGGUUGGCAAGGCACUGAUUCUACAUAUAGACAUAAUACAAGUACAUUACUUACUUUGCUGUGCUAGGUUCAGCUCAUUAAGUGUUCAAAUCACUGUUCAUAUCCAUCUAAAAUUCAAACUCAUUGCCAUAUUCCAAAUAGUGUUAAGACCCAAUCAACCCACUGUUGAAACUUAAACCCAGCGGAAUGGGGGACUUUCCUUUCCUUCUUUUCCUUUUCAGAGCUCAUGCCUUGUUGAUGUUCAUGUUGUCAUUAAUGGAUGUCUGUCUGUGUUUCAUUUAGAAUCCACCUUGCCUCAGUCAAUAUUCAGAGUGCUAACAUUGAAGCGGCAGUUGAUCAUUAUCUAGAAAAAUCCAUCAUUUUUAUAUCUCCUCCGUUUAGUUUUCAGUUGGCUCCGUCAUGUUUUUACAUUAUUUUAACCCCAGUGCUGUGUUGGUGUGUAUCUCCCUUCCAUGUAGCUGACUGCCAUGACCAGACACCCAGCCAGAGUGAGAGGUCAGGGGUGCCCAGACCAAUGGUAUUUUGUUGUGGGGCAGGAUGCCCUUUUGGAACCAAGAGAAAGGUCAGGCCCACUUUCCAUGCACCCCUCCACCCACUGGGGGUCGUGCUUGCAUACACCAGGAAGGCCCUACCUGCUCUCUGCCGCCCCCAGCCCUCUCCUCAUCCUCCACUUCUUCAGCUCCAGGGGUCAGCGCUGUAGCUCUGUAGCAGACAGACAGGAAGUCCGCUAUUGGCUUCUUCCACCCUGUCCUGUCCUUUGACCACUGUGACUGACUGCCCCCAGGCAGUAAACUGAAUCACCCAACACCCUCACUGCGUCCACUUACAUAUACUGAACAAUGGACUCAAUAUGUCAAAACUUGGUCAGUUAACUAGAGCUCACAAAGGUGGGUGUUUGUUUGGUACGUGUCCCUCUUUCAUUGUGAAGCACUCAACUUCAACAUCCCUCAUCUGUUUUUGGUACAAAUUAAACAUGUUUAUCCUUUACAGGCCUGUGAAUGUUCAGACAGACAGGGUAUUCUAUUUAUGGGUACGAGAGUGACAAGUUCCCAGUUGUUUUUUGCCAGACAUUUUGUGACUUGUUUAUCCAUUCCAUGAGAGGUGAAGAUGGUUGCCUCCUCUAGAUUGAUGCCUCAAACAACUCCUCCUCAGAGAGGCCUUUCCCAUACACUUAAAUGUGUCUUCACUGAGGGCUACGCUAAGCUACUCUUUACUCUGACAGUGAUAGUAAUCAACAUAAAUUAUAUAUUUUUGAGCAGAGAAAAUUGAGAUCCUACCUGACUAUCUCAAUGCAAUGCCUAUGGGAAAUGAGAGACAAAUUUGGGAAGAAUUGGGUCAAAUGAUUACAAUGUGAGAUGCAGCAGUACACUCACAAGGCUCUCUCCUGUCCAUCCAUCCAAGCACCAGGUCAGCGACAUCAAAGCAUCUCUUCCUUAUUUUCAUUUCCUCAUUCAUAACAUACAGAACUGUGAUAAAUAAUGGAAUAGUGUGCGGGAGGAAUUUUGGACUGCUGUUAAACUGACACUACAGAUCAUAUUUAAACAGGGUGAAUGGCUUUUAUUUGAUAAUAAUAAUGUAUUGUCUUUUUGUACGUUUUAACUGUCCUGAUGCUGGAUACUAUAUGACCAGGCUGGUGUUGGGAGGUAGUCCUACUAAUUGCAUUUUAUUCCCCCUCACUUUAUUUCUGAAUUAAUUUUGAACUAGUCAAACCACAAAACCAGUGAUGUAAGAUUUUAGGUACAAUAAUGUAACAAGCAUUUUCUCCCCAUACGCUAUCUCUCCUGGUACUCUGUGGGCAGCUAGUGAUGAACCUCUGUUGGUAUGUUGACUAGUUAUAGUACACUCAAUAUGGUACACUGGCUUCAACUGGUUGAUAGCACCUGCAGCCAUCAACCUGGUCCCAUCUUCGCGUUUGCACAUUUACUAAGGAUCAUUGGUAGUACAAUGUGACUAUUCUGAUGAUAUUGAUGAUGAAAACAAUAUUGGAUUGUAAAUUAAUCUCUAGCAGUCUGUAUUUUGAUACUUGAAUGAUUUUGCUUUUAUAGAUAUCUAUAUAUAUAUAUAUAUAUCUAUAUAUAUAUGUAUGUAUGUAAUUUUUUGCCACAUUUGUCGUAAAGAGAAAAAGGACUGUGUCUUAUAAAGUUCAACAUAUCAUGAUACCCAACGAUUGAAAACAAACAGAGAAAGAACUUGGAGCGACCGCACUAAAGAAACAGAAAAAGAUUGUAAAUAAUCUUGGGCUUCCAGUCUUUUUAUGAUUAUUAUUUUUCAUAAUUGUACAACUAAUAAAUGAAGAAAUGAUGAACCAGA